AUGUCCGGCAAAUACUCUGUUGAAGACCUGUUGAAAUUACGUGCUUCACCUUUAAUAUGCAAGCCACCAAACCUCCCUCCUAUGGAGGAGUGGAUGGGACCUGCAACCCGAUCCAAAUUAGACGACCAAGCUCUAUCAAGCGAAGCCUUCCAGAAAAGACCUACUCUUGAAGGACAGCGACGAAUAGCAACUGACCCUGACCGGAUAGUGCUUGGUCCUCCUCGCCGUUCCUUUGCUUCUUCCAAUGCUCGCACUGCGGGCAAAAUCUUGGAUCUCACCGAGGAUAAGUCGAAAACGGGUGAUACUUCGGAGUCGAGAACACAAGAGCGACGAAACACACAAACCAACGGUCGACAUAAUCGACAUGAGAGUGAUGACCAAGGUCUGGACUCUCGUCGGGAUUACGAUCGCAAGUUGAGAUGGGGAAGGGAAAAGAAUGAACAACAAGAUUUGGAGGAAGACCAAAUGCUGGAAGAAUCUCGCCCAGGGUUCAGACGUGACACAAUCUCCAGGGCAAAGAUGUCACAAUCUUGGUUCAGAAAAGAUACUGCAGAGGCAUUGGAAGAGACCAGACGUGAUUCUGAGAAGACGCCAGAGUGGCGAACCCGAGCAAGAGAUCGUGACUGGGAUCGAUCGACCAAACUUGAAGCCGAUCCUGAGUGGAUGGACUCGACAGAACCUGAGGAACCGUUCCAAGCCCACACCCAAGAAGACUUUCAACGUUGGAAGGAGAAAAUGAAGGCUGGUGGAACCCCACAAGAGCAACCAGAGACCACGAUCACCGACUCACCCGGCGGUAUAGUUGAAGAGAAGGCUACACAGAAGCUCCCAUCGCUGGAGCCCGAUGACUCCAUGGACAAAUUCUUCGCGCGUUACGAACAGAAAACUGUCAGCCAGAAGCCUGGUCCUAGUAAGGCAGGAACCAAGACUCGUUUCGCAUCCUUGUUCAGUCCCGCGGCUGAGCAGGGCAAACCAUUUGAAAACACUGCUCCUGUAGCAACCGAAAGACCAUCAUCUGCGCAGAUGCCUGGCAAUAGUAUGGAUGCCGAUCAAGCGGGAUUUGCUCGAAUCCUCGAGAUGUUACAAACACGAAGCAACAAUCCCACACCUCAGACCCAAACUCAAACCCAGGAACAGCCGAAACCCAGAACUCCAUUAUAUGCCAGAGACUCUCAAGCCAAAAUGGAAGGCGAGCCCAGACCUCACUCUUCUUCUAACCUACUGUCAUUUUUGGGUAAUCAAAAUGCUGGUUAUCCUCCGGAGGGCAUGACGGGUCCCGCAGCGCCUCCUCUGGAGAGAUAUCCAGACACAAAAUCUCCAGUCGAGCAACCUUCUCAUACCCGCCAGCAGUCUAGCAUCAACAAGGACGAAGUCUUGUUGAAUCUCCUCCGACAGGCAAAUCUUGCUCCCAAGCCACAACCCCCUCCAAUGCAUCAGCACGCGGAACUAAGGUCUGCCAGUCACAUGUAUGGUGUACCAGAUCCAAACCCCAGGCAAGCGCUACCUAGAAGUCAAGGUAUUCCCCUAGGUCAGGCUCCAGAUCCCGGGAUGAAUCAAAGACGGGACACGGGUCGAUCAAUGUUUGACGAACUUCCUGUGCCAAUGUACCACAAUGAACAGGGACCACGUGAACACCUUCCAAGACGACCUACCAACGGUUCACAACUUUCCUAUAACGAGGAUCCAUUGAUGGCGCUUUUACGUAGUCAAACCCAAGGGCAACAACGAAUGAUGCAGUCCGGUCAACCACAAAGUGUUCCUCCAGGUCUUCAAAGACCUCCUGGACUAGACCAAAUGCCUCGUCCAAAUCCCAGUUGGCCACCCCAGCAACCUCAAUCUCAACCUCAGCCGCAACAACAGCCCCCGCGUCAACCACCACUCCCUCCUGGACUGGCUAACAUGCCACGUGGCAUGCCAGGAGCGCCUUAUGGGCAACCACAACCAUUGCCAAAUCAACCAAAUAUCCCACCACAACAGCAACCACAACGUCCGCUUCCGCAACGUAAGUACACAGGCGAGUCAGCAUCCGCUGCAGGAAUACCGAACUUCCCGCCAGGGAUGGGUCCGCCACCUGGUUUCAUGAACGCAGGACCACCGCCUGGAUUUCCUGGUGCGCCUGGAGCGAACUACCCGGCAAGAUUUCAGGGAGAACCACCUCAAGGUGUCAGAGGUGGGUUCAUGGAAAUGUAUGGGGAUAUGGGUGGGAGAGGUGUCGGAUUGAGAGGAGGUGGUGCAAACGGAGGAAUGCCAGGGUACAGAUGA